UCUUUGGCGUUCUAGUUUGAGAUAUUCGGGAGUGUGUUGUUCAGUACUCAUGAUAUAAUGCUCAUUUUAUAGCAGUUUACAGCAAAACGUGCUGAAUUCACUGCCAGUAGGCUUUUCGUUUUUUUAAAAUUAUUUUAGAGGAGGGGGAAGGUAGGGAGAAAGAGGGAAACAUCCAUGUGCGGUUGCCUCUCGUGCGCCCCCGACUGGGGGCCUCACCUGCAACCCAGGCAGGUGCCGUGACUGGGAAUUGAGCCUGCGACCCGUGGUUGCCCGGCCGGCGCGCAGUCCACUGAGCCGCAGCAGCCGGGGGCCCCUGCCAGUAGCUUUACUCAGGAGGUCAGCGCGACCCUGGCUGGCUCCCUCGGGGGUGCCUUCAUGAAGUGACUUGGACACCAGGCCUUAGAGAUGCGGCGGCCAGUGGCAAAGGAACAGGGUGAGCGUGUCUUCGGUGUAGGAAGCGGCCAGGAACAAGGGCGUGGGCAGCUGGAUGCUGACAGAUACGAGGACGACCCGGAACUGGAGAAGAUCCGCAGAGAGAGGAACUACUCGUGGAUGGACAUCAUAACCAUCUGCAGGGAGAAGCUGCCGGAUUACGAAGAGAAGAUCAAGAUGUUCUACGAGGAGCACCUGCACCUGGACGACGAGAUCCGCUACGUCUUGGACGGCAGCGGGUACUUCGACGUGAGGGAUGAGGAGGACCGGUGGGUGCGGAUCGCCGUGCAGAAGGGCGACCUGAUCACUCUCCCCGCGGGGAUCUACCACCGCUUCACUCUGGACGAGCAGAACUACGUGAAGGCCAUGCGGCUGUUUGUGGGAGACCCGGUGUGGACAGCGUACAACCGGCCGGCGGACCACUUCGCGGCUCGGGAGCAGUACAUGGCGUUCCUGGCGCAGACGGCGUAGCGGUGCACACCCCUUGCCCCGCGUCCUGAGCAGGACCGCGGGGACAGUCUGUUGUGUUCUCCUUGCUUCUGUGCUGGGGCUGGAGGCUGGGAGAGCCUCCCUUUGCGAGAUUACUGAUCAGAAUGCCUUAGUGCAAGGAGCCGUGAAAUAGAUUUUUAAGUCGAAGCCACUGCGGGAACGGGGACAGUCCCAUUCCUUUUCUCUAAUCGUGUCCCCCUGUGCCACACACGGGCCCUGCUUAAACCCCUUGAGUUUCACAUCCCCAAGUGUCACUGCGUAGCCGUCCCCCGGGACCUGAUUCCGCGGCGUUUAGCGGACGCAGCCGAGGCCCCCCUGCCUGUGAGCGGCGGGAGGGUGGCCGCCAGGGCCGGCGGGGGGAAGCGCGCGCACGGGCAGGCUCGGGCGGCCCUCGUGCCGGGGGCCUGCGGUGGCUCACACACCUUUCUUGUUUAACACAAAGCAGCUGCCUUGGUUUUGUGCUCAUGGCCCGGCAUCCCCUUCGAUUCAGGGGCCUGCGGCUCGUUGAGGCCGCCCUGGGUAGAGCCUCCGUGUGGUCGGGUCUGUGGGUCCUGUGAAUUCUACGUGCUGGUCUGUUCAGGGUGAGAGUCUAGGUUAAACCCUGCUGUAUAUUCUAUUACAGUCAAGCUUCUGAAUUUUAGCUAGAAAAUGGUGCAUUAAUUUUUUAUUCAAUAAUCCUGAGGCGCAAUUAUGCCUAGCUUGUUAUAAUCAUUUAAAAAACCUAAGAUCAGCAUCAUGGUUUGAAGGGCCGAUUGUUUUCUGUAUUUUUAAAACGAAUAAAAAGUCUUCACGUUCAGUCGUUCACACCGC